GUUUCAACACCCCCAAAGAAAUCCACAAUGCUAGCAUUCUCCCCUCCAUUGUUUUCAACCUUUGGUUGGCCCUGGGAGGAUCCCAUAAGCCAUGAACAGAACUACAUCUAUCAAGAAACAGAAGCUUCAGAAUCGUUUCUUCACUUGCCCUCAUCUGAGCCACAAGCUGAACUCAAUUAUUCCACACCAUGUGCAGCAGUUAGUGGCAAUCCCACGAUGGUUAAGAAACUUAACCACAACGCAAGUGAGCGGGAUCGUCGUAAGAAGAUCAACAGCUUAUACUCCUCUCUGCGUUCACUCCUUCCAGCAGCAGAUCAAGCGAAGAAAUUAAGCAUUCCUUCCACAGUUUCACGGGUGCUGAAAUACAUACCAGAACUACAACAGCAAGUGGAGAGACUGAUACAAAAGAAGGAAGAGCUUUUAUCAAAGAUUUCUAGGCAAGGAGAUAUAAUUCACCUAGAGAAGCAAAGAAAGGGCACACUUGCAAGCUCUUUAUCUGCUGUUUCAGCAAACAGGCUCAGUGACAGGGAAAUUGUGGUUCAGAUAUCCACAUUUAAGGUCCAUGAGAGUCCAUUAUCAGAGGUUCUGCUAAAUUUGGGGGAGGAUGGGCUUCUUGUAAUCAAUGCAUCAUCUUUUGAGUCCUUUGGAGGGAGGGUCUUCUACAAUUUACAUCUUCAGGUGGAAGGAACUCAUAGAAUGGAGUGCGAGGUGUUGAGUGAGAAGCUCCUUUCAUUGUGUGAGAAGAGAAGAGACGCUUUUCCAUGAAAUCUUGGCUCUAAUAAUCUAACAGGAGGGUUUUGUAAUGGAGGAAGCACAUGUACAGAAAAUUAAUCUCGAAAAAUAUGCAAGAAUUUGACAUGUUGCCCAUGCCAUUUAUUUAUUGGUAGGCAAGAAAAAAUA